AUGGCCGAGAAGUGCGACUGCAUCGCCAGCAUGUACGGCUACGACCUGGGCUGUCGCUUCGUUAAUUUUCGCCCCUUGGGUUUCGGGGCCAACGGGUUGGUGCUGUCGGCCCUGGACAGCAAGAGCUGCCGUAAAGUGGCGGUGAAGAAGAUCACCAUCGGCGACGCGCGGAGCAUGAAGCACGCUUUCCGGGAGAUCAAAAUCAUCCGCCGCUUGGAGCACGACAACAUCGUCAAGGUGUACGAGGUGUUGGGGCCGAAAGGGACCAACCUGCGGGGGGAUUUUUUCAAGUUUAACGUGGUCUACAUCGUCCAGGAGUACAUGGAGACGGACCUGGCGCGGCUGCUGGAGCAGGGGAAGCUCGCCGAGGAGCACGCCAAGCUCUUCAUGUACCAGCUGCUGCGGGGGUUGAAAUACAUCCACUCGGCCAACGUCCUCCACCGCGACCUCAAACCGGCCAAUAUUUUCAUCAGCACGGAGGAUUUGGUGCUGAAAAUCGGCGAUUUCGGGCUGGCCAGAAUCGUGGACCAGCAUUACUCACACAAGGUAGGCGAUGCCGAGCGUCGGGGAGAUUUUGAAUGCGUGUAG